GUUGGUGGCGGCGGCGGCGGCGGCGGCGGGGGAGCGGCAUGGACGGAGCCGGGGCGCUGCUGGCCCGCUGCCCCGCCGCCGGGCUGGGCGUCACGGUGUGCGCCGCCGCCGCCGGGCUGCUGCUGUACCGCAUAGCGCGGAGGAAGAAGCCCACACAUGUGACAGUGAACUGCUGGUUUUGUAAUCAGGACACGGUGGUGCCAUAUGGGAAUCGCAACUGCUGGGAUUGCCCCAACUGCGAGCAGUACAACGGCUUCCAAGAGAAUGGAGACUACAACAAGCCCAUCCCCGCUCAGUACAUGGAACACCUUAACCACGUUGUUUCAGGUGCUACAACUUUCUGUGAUCCCACCAAACCGCAGCAGUGGGUGAGCAGCCAAAUUUUGCUUUGCAAGAAAUGCAACAACCAUCAGACUACAAAGAUCAAACAGCUUGCUUCAUUCUCACCAAGGGAGGAGGGCAAAUAUGAUGAGGAGAUUGAGGUGUAUAAGCACCAUCUGGAGCAGACCUACAAACUGUGUCGUCCAUGCCAGGCUGCUGUGGAAUAUUACAUAAAGCAUCAGAAUCGGCAGCUGCGGGCACUGCUGCUCAGCCACCACUUCAAACGCCGUGAGACAGACAAGACCUAUGCUCAGAACUUGUGUUCAUCUUCCUCCACUACUUCCAUAACUACACCAGCUCAGGUGAUAUUUCUGCGGUUCUUGGCCUUCCUCAGCUGUGCAUUCCUGGUUCUGUUGGCCUUGUACGGACCAGGCGACCCUUUCUCACUCAAUGCUGCAGUCCCUGCUCCAGUCUCUUCUAGUCCAGCAUCUGUUCAGAACAGGACUGGCACGAGCUCACAUGCAGACUUAGGAAAUGACACUUCCAUGACGGCGGCAGGCUGGCAGGAGCUGCUCCACAUGCUCCCAGAACAGAUGGUGGAGAACCUGAGCGCUGCAUGGGAUUAUGGAAAGAAUCAUCAGAUGGCAGUUGCUGUUCUUGGGUUGUUCACCUGCCUGCUAGCAAUGUUCUUGGCUGGGCGGAUCAGGCUCCGAAGAAUUGAUGCAUUUGCUUCAGUCUUGUGGUUCAUAGUGAUGAGCCUGCAUUUAGCUGAGAGGUACCUGAAGAUGGAAACACCCAGCUGGCUAGAUACAGCCAAAUUUGGCACCACGUCCCUAUGCUGCUUGGUGGGCUUCACUGCAGCAGUGGCAACGCGGAAAUCAACGGGCCAGCGGAGAUACCGGCCCCGAAGGUACUUCUCCGGGGAUUCAUUUACUCUGUUUCCCAAUGGCACUGGGACUGGCUUCCCUUCCUCUACUACAUCUCUCUUUGUUCCAACACCACCCAGUAUUCUCCAGCUGACAAACCAGCAGCUCUUCAGGUCCCCACGCAGAACUUCUUCUUCCUCUCUCCCUGGACGUCUCAACAGAGCACUCUCUCUGGGUACCAUCCCCUCCUUGGCCAGAGCAGAUUCUGGCUACUUGUUCAGUGGAAGUCGUCCGGCGUCGCAGUCAUCUCAGUCCAAGGAAUCUCCCACAUCAGAGCACUUCUCCCUGCUGUCAGCCAGCUGUGCUCCAUCACGCAUCCCCUCUCCAGCACCAUCAGUGGCUGGCUCUGUGACUUCCAGCUCAGGUUCCUUGCGGUACCGCCGGCCACUCAUCAGCCCUGCCCGACUGAACCUGAAAGGACAGAAGCUGCUCCUUUUCCCAUCUCAGAAUGAGGCCCUGCUCACCCCAACCAGCUCAGAGGCGCACACCCACUCAGACAGCAACAUCUUUACAACUGAGCUGUCCUCGUUUCCGAAAAAGAACCUCAGCGAGCGGGGAAUGCAUGAUAUGAGAUCUGCUGUAGAAGGAGGCAGUAUUUGCAGCAAUAAUUCCAUCAGAAAGGAGGAUCACUCAUCACACUCAUCUACCUGUGUGGUAGAUACAACUACCAAAGGAGAAGAUUUGGUGGGCUGGAGAGGUCAUUUUGGUAACUCUGCUCUCCGAGGUCUGCUGGCAGUGAGUCUGACUCUCAAUGCUAUCUUCACAUCAGCCUACGUCUACCGGAGCCUGCGCUGAUUUGUGCCAACACUUCCUUUCUUACUGGUCCCACCUGCUUCUGAGAAAACUCCUUGACAAGAUGAAUUUAACCACAGUUUCAUAUCUAAUGGCCAUGCCACUGGUGCAUGCUGGUUUUUUUUUUGUUUGUUGGUUUUGUGUUUUUAUAAUGACUGUUAAGUCAGCUGUCAUGACAAGGAACCCUAUUGGCUGCUGCCAUCACUUCCAGGUAGAACAGAUCACAGGAUUGUCCCUGGAGGUGGCGAGCAGAACUCUCAGAAAGCCCUAUAGUUCAAAGCCAGAGGCUGUUCAAAUGUUCCAUACGCUUUCUUUCGAAUGAACUGACCUGAGACAUGAGCCUGAAAAGGUGUACACUGUAAGGAAUGUCCCCUCAGCUCUUUGUCCUGACAUACUAACCUCAUGCUGACGGUGCUGUUAAAACGAGAAUUAGAACAAACGAGCUGAAGAGGACACACAGCUUAGUAGUUGAUGCUGGGCUUUGUCUACAGUAACAGCAUUCUGAACCUCUUUGGCCAGUGGUUCCUCUUUUCCCUUUCCUUUGGCACUCUCUUCUCAAUUACCAACGAACUUUUCUUUGGUUGUCUUAAGCUUGCCUGAUCACAUUGCUUACCCUGACUGCUCUGUCAUAUUUCUUGCAUCUUAUAUGAUCGUGUGCUUCCACCCAGGCUCUGCCCUGAGGCUACUCUCACCAACUGCCAUUCUGAUCUUCCCAGAAACUUCUCUGGUGCAUACCUCCAACCAGUGCUGUUGUAGGGAUGUACAAAUCCAAAGCAGACAUCCUUUUGUGGUUUGCAUUAGAAAGAGGAAACCUAAAUUUUAUUUUGUGCAGGAGACAUUAAUUCUGUUGUAAUAAGAAGGGAUCCCCACUGGAAGGGCUUUAGCUCCCACCUCCAGCUGCUGGUGUUUUCACUGAAGCAGGAGUGGCAUAGCUUGUUCUUGCUGUAAAUUGCACGUAUCUGUUGGGAGGUACUUGAGGAGCUGUCUGAUUGUAUACAUUGUGUAAAACUGGCUCCUCAGUUUGAUUCUGGGAUUUGCAAAGUAAUUAUUUAAGAUAUUUCAUAAACAAAUACCACGGUGCUCUUAGUGAGAGAUGCCAGAGCUGCUUCUGCUUUCUGGAAAGAUAGUUUUUCUAACCCAAAGAAAGUAGCAUUAGGUUUUCAAAAACAGCUUAUAAUUUGAGUGCUUCCACUUCUGGGUGAGUCAUCAGCAUGGCUUAGAGUUCAGGGGCCAUUUAGAGUAUCAUGCUGAGCACUCAAAAUUAUUUAAUACAUCUUAGGAAGAAAAAAAAAACCCACAAUCUUUAUGCCUUGAUUCUUAAAUCCCAAAUACAGAGAGAACUACCAACAUGCCAAGGAUACCUGGUGAAAAGAGAGCCAACUGGCAUACUAGCUAUGUAUUUUCUGAAACUGGACUCACACUGUUAAGAGUUUUUCUAUCGUCUCUUCCUUUGGUCUCCUUUACCUCAAAUAUCCUUUCUCUUCCCUUUCUCUUCAUCCCAUUGUCCUGUGUUUGCAUCUUGAAUUACAGUUAACCUUCCUGUGUCUUCCUCUUGGUCCUGCUUUUGUUCCCCUUAUUGCACUCUUGCAUGUGCACAGAAACACAGCAUCUCUCUGCUGAUAAUUCUCUGCCCUACCCUGAAAUUCACACCCUGGAGUGAUGAUCACCCUUCCUUUCACUUCACUUUUUUACUUGCAUGUUUUAUUGAGAUCCUACCACAGCCUCACUUAGCACCUCACGUGAGCCCAACCCUAAUCAGCAUGCCAUGUAACAAAGUGAGCAGGGCUUUACUGCUGAUUCAAGCUCUGAAAAAUUAAAUCUCUCAUUGUCUCUUCCAUUUCUUCCUGCACUAUUUUAGCAGUCCUCUUCCAGCCACUGCUCCCCAUCCCCCCUUGUUAGUGAGGCUAGUUGUUGCCUACUCUGCAUCUUGCAUGCAGAGGACAGACCUCUGGCCAUGCACUCACUGAGAGACUGCAGAGACCUGGCUGCCAGCAUCCCUGUGCAGAGGUGUAGAUCCAGGAUAAAUACCUGCAGCAGAAAUAACUGGAUGUGCUGCAGGUUGAUGGUUAAUUCUUUUGUAACUUGCAUGAAUUGUUACUUAUAGCUGAACCUGACCCACAGCGUUGCUGUUAUGAGCUUUUUAUCCCCUUUAUAGACUUGUGCAGGCUCACACAAGCAUGUGUAUAGAAAAAAUGCUAGCAAACCAACAUAGAAGCUUCUCCUUAGACCUGUGCUGUUUGCAUUUGAUGUUGUCCAGGUGUAACGUGUGACAUCCCAUUUGUGGAUCCUUGUCCUGACUUCCACCAUACCCAGGGGCUGCCUAUGCAGAGACAAGCCUGCCAGAAAAUACAGUGGUUUUGCUUUUUAUUACGCUGACAGAAGCGCACUGUGACUUCAUGUAUGCAAACUUCCUACUUUCACCUCCCAGUCUGCGCUGAGUUCAUUUACCAUCACACUCACCUGGGGCCCAAGUUGGUCUCUGUCUCUACCAGAUUGCAAUAUAGAAAUUCCCCUCCUUUCCAGCAACGAAGGAGCUGCACCCUCUGAAUGCACCUCUUGUUGCCCAGAGCAGGAAUGCUUUAAGCUGUUACUGCACUUCUGAAUCCACUCACUGAAGCUGUUCUUAGAUGAGCAUGUGGUGACCUUGUCCAAAGCAAUAUAAAGACUUUGGAUUUUAUUGCUGAAGAGGGAAGACAACCAACUUUCUCAUUCUGGUGCUAGAAUACUCUCCAGUGGUGCUUUCACAGAUGUGAAGCCUUUGCUUGAGUAGUACACAAGAGUAUAUGUGUGUAUGUGUGUGCGUGCAUAUGUAUGAAAACAUUUGGAGGGUUUCUUCCUUUUGAAAGAUCUGAACCCACGUUUGUCUUUAUAUUGUUGGCCUUAAUCUAGCUCCUAGAUACUGUGUCUAUCUUGCUGCUGUUUUCUGUAUGAAGCUGGUUUGGAGGAGAGGAAAGAUCAUCUGGUUCCCCUGUAAAAUAUUGUUGACUGGUGAUGCUGAUCUUCAUACAGUGUUGUUUGGGGGUGAAAUUUUAUUUUUCUAAUGUUUUUCCUACUGUAAAAAAACUGUUGGAGUGUUUGGAACUGAAAAGAUCAUUAUGAAACGGACUGUCUGAUUUAAAGAUUUUAGUGCUACUUAAUAAAAACCACAAUCAAUCUUAAGGUGGAACAUAAAUGAGCUCCAUUUCCAUUCUCUGCCUUCCUCGGAACAUUGUACUUCUUUGGGUGUGGGCUUGUUAGUUAUGUUAUGAGACUUGGCAAAGACUUUUAAUGAUUUUGUUGUUCUGAAUUAGGAAGGAUUUGGAUUCUAGAACCUUGUUCCAGUUCUGCAGCAUGGGUGCAGCUUGGCAGAUGCCAUAGAUGUGAUACACAUACCUAUUUGAUGGCACGGAUGGAACCAGUCGCUGAUUUCUGAAAGUCAUCUUUUACCACAAAGCUUAGACAUGAAGUUGGUCACUGUGGCAACGUGGUAAAACUUAUUGCUGGCAUCCAUGGGCCAGAUUCACUGGAAUUUUGCCUGUCUGCUCAAGCAACAAAUUCAGCUUGUGAAUGUUUUGUUCUCACUCUCUUCUUGGGUAGUGGGAACAUCUGUAAACGCUGCUGAACUGCCUGGGUUCCUUUAAACAAGGCAGCUGAAAUGAAGGGCUUGUGUUGCCUGUGGAUGCUGCUAUGUUCUUUUUCUUCCAAGUACCAUUCCAGGAAAUAACUGUGGUCUUAACCUCUAUCACACACAUCUGUUAGAAGGCUAGAAAGGGCCAGUUUGGCCAAUGAGAGUUAAAUUUUAAUUAUGUAUAUAUACAUACACACACGUGUGUGUUUAUAUAUACGUGCACAUAUGCACAUUGCAAUAGAGAGUAAUCAUCACUGUUUUGAAUGGAAUUGGUAUCUAGAAAGGGUGUGGAGGACAAUUUUGAGUCCUAAACCUUAUUUCCUGAGACAGAAACGCUGUAUGUCAUGUAUGUGUACUUGUUUGGGGAGCUCUGACACUGUACAGUUUAGUUAAAUUGUACUCCAGGGGGAGACACUGUUCCUCGGAGGUUUUUAGUUCAUACUUUGUGUUUAAAGAGGAAUAUUUUUCUUUAAAAAAUAAAAAUGGA